AUGGGUCUGCUGUCACUGGGCUCUCCACUCAACUGGGAAGAGAGCAAGAAGUAUGCUGACCACAUAAGAAAGCACGGCAUCAUCCAGUUCCUCAACAUCUACAACAAGCUGAAAGAUCGCCAGAAAGAUGUGCUCAAGUGGGGCGACGAGGUUGAGUACAUGCUACUGGAAAUGGAUCACCAGGAUCAGAAGGUUCGACUCGUCCUGCACGGUGAAGACGUUGUUGAAACUCUGCAACACCAGGGGGAAAAGAUAAACCCCAAUCACCCCACACUCUGGAGACCAGAGUACGCCAGCUACAUGAUUGAAGGAACUCCAGGACAGCCGUACGGCGGCACCAUGUCGGAGUUCAACACUGUGGAGGCCAACAUGGGGAAGAGACGGCGAGAAGCCUCAUCUGUGCUAAGACAGAAUGAAAGCAUUUGCACCAUCACCUCAUUCCCCAGGUUAGGCUGUCCAGGCUUCACCAAACCAGAGCACCGACCAUCCCCUGUUGAAAAAGGAGUGUCCAAAUCACUGUUUUUCCCCGAUGAAGCCAUCAACAGGCAUCCGAGAUUUAGCACCCUCACUAGAAACAUACGUCACCGAAGAGGAGAGAAAGUUGUUAUAAAUGUACCAAUCUACAAAGACAAGUUCACUCCGUCUCCGUUUGUGGAGGAGUUUCCUGAAGAUGACGGUGAAGCAGCCAGGGCAGCUCUACCCGACCAUAUCUACAUGGAUGCCAUGGGCUUCGGUAUGGGCAACUGCUGUCUGCAGGUGACAUUCCAGGCUUGCAGUAUUGAUGAGGCGAGAUAUCUUUAUGAUCAACUAGCAACAUUUUGCCCAAUUGUGAUGGCGCUGAGUGCAGCGUCACCCUUCUACAGAGGCUACGUGUCAGACAUCGAUUGUCGUUGGGGGGUUAUUUCUGCCUCAGUGGAUGACAGGACUCAGGAGGAGCGUGGUUUACUGCCUUUAAAAAACAACAAAUUCCGGAUUUUCAAGUCCAGAUACGAUUCGAUUGACAGUUAUCUCUCCAGCUGCGGUGACAAGUACAACGACAUCGAUUUGACAAUAGACAAUGAGAUCUACGAGCAGCUGCUCGCUGCAGGUAUCGACAGACUGCUGGCCCAGCACAUAGCCCACCUCUUCAUCCGAGACCCACUCACUGUUUUUGAGGAGAAAAUACAUCUGGAUGAUGAAAAUGAGUCAGAUCACUUUGAGAACAUCCAGUCGACCAAUUGGCAGACAAUGAGGUUCAAACCUCCUCCACCCAACUCUGACAUCGGCUGGAGAGUUGAGUUUCGCCCCAUGGAGGUGCAGCUCACUGACUUUGAAAACGCUGCGUACGUGGUCUUCGUUGUGCUGCUCACCAGAGUGAUCCUGUCGUACAAACUGGAUUUUCUAAUACCUUUGUCAAAGGUUGAUGAAAACAUGAAGGUGGCACAGAGAAGGAAUGCAGUCCAGGAGGGAAUGUUUUACUUCAGAAAGGACAUCUUCAAAGGCUGCAGCACAGUGCUCGAUGGCGCCACUUCUCCUCAAAAUGGCCUGGAGAGCGAUUGUGGAAAUGAAGAAUAUACACUGAUGAGCAUUGACACAAUCAUCAACGGAAAGGAAGGCGUUUUUCAAGGCCUCAUCCCCAUCCUUAACUGCUAUCUUGAGAACAUGGAGGUGGACGUGGACACCAGAUGUGCCAUUUUGAAUUAUUUGAAGCUCAUCAAGAAACGUGCCUCAGGUGAACUGAUGACCAUGGCCAAGUGGAUGCGGGAAUUUGUUGCUAAACAUCCAGAGUACAAGCAGGACAGUGUGAUCAGUGACAAGAUCAACUAUGACCUGAUUCAACAGUGCGACAGAAUCUCCAAAGGAGAAGAGGCCUGCCCUGAGCUCAUUGGAACUCCAGGAAACAAAGUCAAAUGAGGAACACUGCCGAAACCCUCGUCGUUUAAAAAAAAAAAAGUACGCAUGCAGACAGAGACCAAAAGUAAAGUUCACAACAAAAUGGUCCAAAUGUAGGAAAAUGCAAAAAAGCAUUUGAAUAAUGAGAAAGGAAAAAAAAAACAACACAAUAUGCCUCAAAUGUAUGUACAUACGUUUCAGAUUUUUAUGAUUAGAAAAUUAUUUUAAUAGGGUCAAGGCAUACAAGAGGUGUAAAAGAAAUCAGAUGUGUAUUUAUUUUUCUCUGGAAAUUAAAAGCUGUCAUAAUGUGAAUGUAGCAAAGAGCUUGUACAGUAGUCUGGUUUUAGUCUUGUGUUCGGUAAGUACUGUAUUCCAGCCCUUUUACUGUGAUGAUGUCAUUGGCAUUUUCUUUGCUGGAUUAAAUUUUUUCUUAGCAUUUCGUAAGGUUUCUCUUCUUAAUUCCAUAUUUGUUUGGCUCUUUCAACAAUCUAGCGGGACCUUCAGUGUUACAUCAAGAUGUAAAUGGUGAUGUAUGGUUUGCAAUGUGAUGCGGCUUCUAAAUAAAUAUUAACAACCGGAAGUUGCUCGGGACCUCUGAACUUUUCAUUCCAAUACUGCCUUCCAGUUUGUGUGUUGUUAUCACUCUUAAUCUUGAUAAGCUUUUGAAGAUGAAAUAAUAAAACUAAUGUAUAAAAAAAA